CCAUUCCCAAGAACCUAUCGAGGUCUUUUAACCAGAGAGGAAAUAGAAUGGGAAAAGAGUUGAACAAUAAAGUAUGGACACAACCAGGUUUCUUUCAUUGUAUAACAAACCUGUCUUCAGCAUCAUACAAACAUCAAAUACGGAAGAAUGUCAACAUAAUAUCUGUUUGGGCAGCUUCGCAGUCCAACACUGUUGAAAUCCUUAACUGCUUUUACACUUGAAAAUCCCGAGGCCCGUUGCACACAGUCCUGUUUGAAUGUUGGGCCUAUUCCAACAAUAUCUGUUCAACAAACAAGUAUUUUAAAGAAGAAGUUCUGAUAACCCUUGUAUGAAAUUAGUAGUAUGAAGUCCUUUGAUACAUAGUUGAUAGUGUCAUUCAGCUUUGGCCGGAAUAUGGUUGCCACCAGUUGCAAGUUUGUAGACAUAAAAGCCAGUCAUUAGAGCACUGCAAUGUGAACAAUGAGUCUUUAGCUCUUUAAAUUAUGAACAAAGAUCUCAAUAAAAG